CAAACACUUUUUCUUCUCCUUCCUCUCUCUCUUCAUUAUUCAUUUUUUUUGUUGCGUAAGUUUCUCUCUCCUCCACAAAGUCGGUCUCUUGACGCAUAUUCACAGAUUGGGGAGGUGAAUCGUGGUGUGUUUAGUGCUACAAAACCUGCUUUUUUGAUAGAGAGAGAAAGCAAGAACCUGAUGCCCCUUUGAUGUGUUAGUGGGUGGUGCUGUUUUUUUCUCUCCUCUCUCUCUCUCUUCAUAUUUCUCUUCUUCCCCUUUGUCUAUUUCCCCCUUCUGAAGAGACCCUAUUUUUCUUUUGAGCUUUGCUGCCAAUUUCACCAUCAGAUACAUAGGUUAAUGGAUGAAGAUUCUGGUGGGGUUGCUCGAUCUUCCUUCUUCUGGGUUUCUGCUGCUUUGUGGUGAGGAAGAAUUUUGAGCAAAAGAAGGCUGAAGAAGGAGAGAGAGAAAGAGAGAGAGAGAGAGAGAAAAGACUGUACUUUUCUUUUAAAAAUAUAUAUGCUGAAGUCUAAGUUAAAGAUAAGGCCUAGCAGUGGAGACAGUAGUAGAAGUAGUAGAGCUUGUGACUGUUUGGAAAACAGCACAAGAUCAUUAGAGAAGCUUUUCAUCAGAUGUUAUCCAUUGAAAACCCUCCACCAGAUCCCCCAUACCAGCAGCAGCAACUGAGAAUCAACAACCAUGAUGAUGAUGAUGAGAGGGCUUCUCAAAACCUUCCCUUGCCAGAGGAGGAGGAUCCAUCAAACGCCGCCGUUCUUGACCACUCUUCCACUACAUUCUCAAACUUCUCCUUGAGAGAUUAUGUCUUUGGUGCUCGGAGCAAGGAUAUCCAAAACAACUGGCCAUUUUCCCUCAAACAUUUGCAGCUUUGUUUGAAACAUGGUGUAAAGGAUUUGUUACCACCUUUUCAAUCUCCGGAUCUCGUGAGAAACCAGUGCCUCGUGCAGUGUGGAGGUGGAAGUUCUACAUCAGAGUUCCAAGAUAUAAGUGUUUUUGAUGGGGAGUUUUCUGGGCGUAAAGAACAUGGAGAACUAGACACUUCAGAUGCUAAGUUGGAUGAAAAGCAAGUAAGCACUUGCAUUGAAUCAAGUUCAUGGAGAUGUGAAGGAGAAAACAAUGGUUUCUCUUCCACCAUGACAAGCAUCUCGCAGCCCCAAAAAGAAUUGGUUUCCACAAGUGGACCAUCAAGUUCAUCUUUGAAAACCGAUCGUUUAUUGGAAACCCCGGCUGAAGUGGAGACUAGUGGUUUUCUGGAAUCUGAAAAGAACGAAAGUAAAAUCAAAGCCUCUGGUAAAAGGUGCAAGUUAAUCAGAAAAUCUACUAAUCACACUGACCAAACAUCGGCUGCAGAUAUUGCUAUGAGUUUUAGUACCGUAUCGGAGUCGAUGGCUUCAAAAAUAUGCCCUGUCUGCAAGACUUUCUCCUCUUCAUCAAACACCACUUUGAAUGCUCAUAUUGAUCAGUGUCUUUCUAUAGCAUCAACUCCUAAGUGUACAUCAGACUCCAAACUCACGAGGUAUAGGAUCAAGCCAAGGAAGACGAAGUUGAUGGUAGAUAUCUAUGCUACAGCUCGUGUUUGCACGUUGGAAGAGCUCGACAGAAGAAACGGUACAGCUUGGGCUUCUUUAUCAGGCCUUCCUGCUCAGGAUAUUGAAAAUUGUCAGGCUAAUGGAGGGAAAAAGCAGAAAGUGGUGCCAGUUCAUCCUGAGGACAUUGGUAAUUCUGGUUCAGUUUAUAUUGAUGCCAAUGGAACUAAACUUCGAAUUUUGUCCAAGUUUAAUUCUCCUUCAUCGGUGCUGAAAGUGCAAGACGAUGAUCUUGGUUCAAGGAAACUCAGAGGAUUAAAGGCAAGAAAGCUCCAUUCAGCCAAAAAGAAAAAAUGCCAUACAUCAAAACAUCACAAGUAUUUUAAAGUAGCUGCUCAAGGCAGAAAAGUUUCAUCUCAGAAGUGUAUUUCUCAGGUUCAAGAAGCGCACAACCAGCGGAAAGGAAGUAGUAGCUUGGAGGUACAUAAAAUAACAAAGCAAGCGAAACCCCAUGAUUCUGGAACUUUACAACAGUGGGCGUGCUCAAAAAGAACCAGAGCCAGUAAGAGCACCAGAAAAGAAGGCUAUCAACCUUCUACAUUUAAAUGGCACGUGCCUCAUGGAACGGCAGUUGAUACUGAUCGAUCGGUUUUGGCCAACUCGUUUAUUGAGAGAAGUCAAGUUCAGGAUCAGACCAAUUUUUCUGAGAAUUGUGUUUCAUCUCCUGAAAGCAGUGAGAGAACCGAUUACACGGAGUACGAAGCCCCUAUUUCAGAUAUGGGAGGGUGGUCUCCUGUGAGGAGGAGUUUGAGAAGUUCAUUUUCUGGAGAAAUGAUCGAUAGCGGUUCUCUGAUGCAAAAGAAAAAGAUUACCAACCAUCUGAGGAAAGGUAGCUAUUUUGUUGGCAACAACUGCUUAUUGAAACCUCAAAAUGCCAAUGGGAAAAUCAUGAAAAAUUAUCCGGCAUCUGAUGUGCCACCUGGUUCUAACAACAAAUUGUCUAGGAAUUGGCAUGAAAAUGCACUAAAAGCACGGAGAAAAGAGGUCCUUGCCAGCAGCCGGUCAUCUAUUACCGGAUCCAAGUCUCCUGAGUUCAAUAGAAUAUCUACCUGUGAGAAGCCUGGGGACCAUUUUGGGUCACAUGUGGAAGAAGAGAUAACUGCCUGGCAUUCUGAAUUAGAUCACAGCCAUAGUUUAUCAGACAGAAGUAUCGAUAGUCAAUCCGAAAAGGAAGAGGUUACUGAAGUGGUAUCUCCUAAAGUAAGUAGUGAACUAAAAAACAGAAGCAAGAGAGAAGCAAUGAGCGAAGCCAUAUCUCUGAGUAGUUCGGAGUCAGAACCCAAAUAUGACAGGCAUCAUGAGGAGGAAAAUAUGGAUUCUCAUGUUAAAAUGGGUGCUGAGUUUCAAGAAAAAAUUGAGAGCCUUGAACUUGCUAGUAAGGAGAGUUUGUUUCAUGAAGAUGUCAGUGUGGAUUCUUCUUCAAAGCUAGCUCCAAAGGAGAGCUUCAUGUGCUUUUGUAAAUCUAUGGAUCCUCAGUUUUUGAAGUCGAACAGCAACGCCAAGAUUCGGUGUGGCAUGCCACAAUCUACUCAGAAUUGUUCAUGCUCCUUCUAUGGAGAUGGGACGAAAGGCGGUUUCAGUGAGUCAAGUUUUGGUCAUGGACAAGAAAUGUUUUUUGCUGAUGAAGACUGCAGUGCCAUGAUUGGGCAUGAUGUUCAUAAUGGAAGAGAAUUGGAUUCUGAAGUCAGGCGAGGAAAAUCUUGUUUUGAGGUCGAUCCGAUAUCUAUUCCGGGACCUCCGGGAUCAUUUUUGCCAAGUCCCCCCCGAGACAUGAGAUCUGAAGAAUUUCGAGGAAAUUCCUCAUUAAGCAAUAGCUGGGUUCAUUCUUGCCAAGAUCAGCAUGAUUUGAUUGAUGGGGAUUCAUCGGGUUCGCCUAUUUCUGCAACAUCAACCAUCUCUAACUCUGCAGCAUCUAGAUCUUGUUUGAAGCUUAAUAAUUCAUAUGGAGUAUCUGAUGUAUUUCAUGAUAAACUAGGGUCGGUAUCUCCAAAUGCUGGUGCUUUGCCUUUUGUCGAAAAUGAUGUUGGCUUGCCUCAUGUAACUUGUAUGGGAGAUGGAAGGACAAAUGGUGAUAUGUUUAAAACCAACAAGUUAUCCGUCGAAAGGGGAACUCUCAGUGUCGUAAAUGAUGCCCAGCCUUGCCGUUGUCAGAGGGUUGGCAGAAUGUCUCACAGCAUCAAUGUAACUUUUCAAGAACCACAACUGAUAAGGCAUCAGGCAUCGCGUUUGGAAACCAUGCCAGUGAUGGAAAGAAAGCAGAUAACUUACAGUCUGAAUGGUAGACCGAACAGCUUCGACAUUCUGCCUGAAGCGUCUUCAUUGGGCAAUUGCCGACAUUCAUUAUCCGAGAAUAUGGAAUUCCCAAUCGCUAAGUCGUCUUUGAAGGCCCAUCCUUCAGAUGGUUUCUCUGAUCCAGGAUCAAGAUUUUCAAGGAGUAAGUGCGAGCCUGCCAGUCCAGCUACUUCUAAUCCUGUACUCAGGUUAAUGGGCAAGAAUUUGAUGGUGGUAAACAAAGAUGAGGAAGAUAUCCCUAUGCCAGUUAAGCAGCAGCAUCCGCAACUUAACCACGUCUCCUCUACUCAGGCUCCGAGUUACGUUAACAGUUCCUCACAAAAUACUCGAAGCUCCUUUCCUCAUUGGCAGCAUCAAGAUUCCUUGAAAGAUCAAAAUGCAGGUAAUGUGUUCGGGUGGAGUCUUGAUGUAAGGUUGUCGAAGGGCUUCAGGAACCCAGCAAAUCUGAACAUGCCACCAUCACAUGUUCGAGAACCAGCCGCUUUGCUUCUGAAGCAGCAGACAGAUAGCGAGCAUACAGCCUCGCGGGCAUACAAAAGCGACUACAAUCUGCAUUCUUGCAUGAGCGAAGCACCGAACCAACCUGAGCGCAAACUAAACGAAGCAUCUGUGUACAACACAAAUAGAACCACCAUCAAAAUGCCUGAUCAUCAUCAUCAGCAGAUGAAUGCCAUCAAGGAAAUUAAUCCAAUGGGUGAUGCUUCUUCUUACUGUGAAGCCAGAUUGAUGGCCAAUGAUCCAAAAUACCCUGGAGGCAUGAUGACUACUCUUCAAAUUAUAGCACCUGGUGUUUCAAUCCCCUUCACUUCCAGUGGCAAUCCGUUACAUGUAAAUCCAUAUUGUUAUCAACCAAAGGAGGGUUCAAAUCCUGAUAAACACACGACCGCACGCAGUUCGAGUUUUCAGUCAGUCCUGUCCGGGAAAGACCACACAAGUCCCGUGAAGUGGGAUUGUACUUCGGAAGCACCGUACGUCUGCAGGAGGGGAGUCUUUUAGUAGGGGCUUUGUUAUACAUCCACAAGAAAAGAGUUUAUUAACUCAAGAUCUUUGCUCAUUGUAGUUUCUGCUAGGCAAGUUCGUUCGUUCGUGCCAUCGAACAACAAUCCAAUGUUUCUUGCAAAGUUUGGUUGUUUUUUUCGGUAGCCAAAUGCGUUUUUUUGGGGA